AUGUCUCAAUUGCAAGAUCUUGUAUCGAGCUUUACGCUUGUAAAGUUGUUGAAGUCGGACCCCCAGACUAAAUCAUUGGUCCUUUUGGGCUCAAUUGACGACAAGGAUGCCAUUAUUACCAUCGAGAGGUCACAUUUUCCAGUCAUCGACAACCAUUUUGAUGUUCAAGAAUGGGUGGAAAAACUUGAAUUGUUGAACAACAACGACGUUUACUUUUGGUCACUGGCUCUAGUAAAACAGUCGUUGCCUGAUUUUCCAGCGGCAAAACUCAAUUUGAUCUACCCAGCAACAGAAACCCAUAUUAGAAAAUAUGCUGGUCUGAAACACCAUUAUGUUUUGGAGACACCAGCAAUGUACCAAAAAUUCACGAAACCUUAUAUCGAGACCAUGCGUGGUGAUCGCAUCAAAUGGGUCUACAAUAUUCUUUUUGAAGGAAAGGAACUGGAAACCUUUAUAUACCACGAUAAAGACCCAGAAACCGGCUUUGUUCUUUUACCGGAUAUGAAAUGGGAUCGCCUCAAUAUGGAUGCUCUUUACUUGUGCUGCAUUGUCAACCGUACUGAUAUUACCUGUGUUAGAGACUUGAACGGAACUCAUAUUGACUUUUUGAAAAAGUUGCUUGCAAAAUUGCGUCAAGUUACAUCGGAAAAGUACCUGCUCGCUCCAGACCAAUUGCGUAUUUUCAUCCACUACCAGCCUUCUUACUAUCAUUUCCACAUUCAUGUUGUCAACAUUACCCAUCCUGGAUUGGGCGAGGGAACCAAUGUUGGCAAAGCGAUUCUUCUUGACGAUGUCAUUAGCAACAUUGAAUUGAAAAGUGACUACUAUGAACAAAGAACGCUCUCCUACACUAUUGCGGAAAACCAUGGUCUUUGGUCUAUAGAAGGCUUUAAGGAGGAGGCACAAAAGAGCUACGCAAGUUAA